AAUAAUAAUACGAAAUCACGUUCUAUUGAAGACUAUUUAAUUCAAUUAUAAUAUAUCAUUUUUUUUUUUAAAAAAAAUCAUUCUCUUUCUCCUUUCUCUUUCAUUUAUUAUGAACUUCUUAGUUGAACAAGAUGAAAUACAUAAUAAAUAUCUUAAAAUUGCAUGGAAUGCAGCUACUGUAGGAUUACAUCCUACUAGAAUUAAAAGAAGAAUAAAUCGUAAUACAAUCUUAUCUUUUGACAUACCUAAAUCAUGCAAUUUAAUUGAUUAUGAAUAUCAACAACCAAUGUUACUUCAAACAAAAGCUUGUCUAUUAUAUGGUAUAUCGAAAAUUAUGAGACAAAAGACCUGUAUAUUAUAUGAGGAUUCUGUUCUUUUAUGUAAUAAAUUAAAAUUUGGCUUAACUGACCCAUUAAAGACUGCUAACAUCGAUAUGGAAAAGCCUAUAGCAAAUUUAAAUACUUUAACGUUAUUACAGCAAAAUGAUGAUUUAAUAGAAUUUCAAACAUCAAAGGAUGCCCCUUUAUUUUCAAACUUAUUUGCUGACAAUAGAACUCGAUUAAGUGAAAGAGAUAAAGGCUUAAAUGAAAUUGAUGAAAGCAUUUGCUCUAUCCUUAAAUUCAUGAGUCAUAGUUCCUCGUUUAAUUUACCUACUAUAGAUUCUCAACAAGGAGUAUAUUAUAAUUACCAAUGUCUUUCUUUACAACAACAGAAUCCGUCACAUAUGCUCGAAACAACUGCUUCACAUUUUGAGCAAGAAUCUAACCUUCAAGAAAAUAAUAUAUUAUUUGAUAAUGAUCUAAUUGAGACUGGAGUAGAUGAUGAUCAACAUCAAGACUUUACAAUAGACGAAGAUAGAUUGUUAAAUUUUAAAAAAAACGAGGAUAGUUCAGUAUUUGAUUUACCUUAUCAUUCAGAUAUAAAUACUACAUCAAAAGUUUAUUAUCCCUCUGCAAAUUCAUAUUCACCAUUUACAACUAGUAUUAAAGCAUCUUCUAGUGGUCGUAUUAGUAUUGGGAAUCAUCCUGUCAGUAGUGGGAAUAGUCAUCCUCCAUCACUUAUACUGGAAGAAGGAAGUCUUGAUUCCCCAUCUACUGAGAUGUAUCCAGAUAUUGUACCUGAUGAUUCAUCCAUUGCUGUUUCUGAAAUAUCAUCUACGGUACAUCAUCCAAGAUGCGUACGACGUAUGAUGAUGAAUACGGCAGAAGAUACUAUCCUGCCUUUUAGUCAUUAUUAUCAAACUGGGAAAGUGAUAAGAAAGAAUGAAAAUCUACAAAUAAUGUCCAAGAAGGAAAGUAUAGAUGAAAUUCGAGAUAGCCUUCGACUACCUUCUAUGAGAUUGAUUACAUCGGAUCAAGUAGAAGCAACAAAUAGAGAAGGGGCCCUUCUUAUUCAUGGAGAAUAUGCAUUCUUUCAAAAUAAAAAUAAAUACUUUUAUUUCAAUCAACAACAGCGUCAUCAGUAUCACAGCUCUACAGAAUUCGCUAAAAGUGUUGAAAAGUCAAGAAGAUUUGAUCGUCGUCGUAAUACAAGUGGAUCCUCUUCUUCUGUCUCUGGAGGGUUUAUGAAUACAAAUAAUAAUACGAAUGGAAAUAUAUCAAUACGUUCUUCUUCUGUAGAUAUUCCAACUCCUGAAAUGAAUAAUCUUGAUCUUGGUGGAGAUAAUCAUAGUGAUCAUAUACCACAAAAUAAUGCUCAUUGGCCAUUUAAUAAUCAAUUUGAUGGUGGCUAUGACUUUGAUGAUAAUAAUGUCGAUUAUGGAUAUCUUAAUUUUGAUCAGGCAUUUCAUAUUGAAAAUCAAGAAGUUAUAGAAGAUUACAAUCAUGAAGGAGGAGCUAAAGAGUUUUUAAUUGAAUUACGAACAAACUAUUCGAGUCAAGAUACAAUUCGUUUAGAUGAAAUCUUUAAAUCAAGGAAUCGAAUCCAAAUAUCGCAAAUUUUCUAUUAUAUUUUAGUUUUGGCGUCAAAAAGCCAAAUAUAUUUAUGUCAAAAAGAACCUUAUGACUCCAUUGAUAUAAAGCUUUAAAUUCAAUCUUUUAAUAUUUU